UGCAUAUUUCAAUCAAGUGGUUUGAUGAUUUGGCAAAAUCAUCAAUCUUGUUGAUACUUUUAAGUGCAUUCAAUUAUCUCCAUUUACUGCAGUAGAUGUGUGUGUGUUACUUUUUGAGUGUAUUGUAGCUCCCUUGAAUAUGAAAAACUCAGUCUGCCGUGGUGGAAGGGUACCUUGCAUGGUUUGAAGCUGUUUAAAUGUGUGAUUAACUGAUUAUAACUUUUAGCGAAACACUUUCAUCGUAUGUCACUUGUACUUAUGUAGCAAGCUCCUUAACGAGACUAUUAUGUGAAGAAGUGAAGAUAACCAGUUUUGGUUAUUGGUUGAAAUUCUGACGCUAAUUUGAUUCAGCCAAAAGUAUGUGCUAUGGUUAAAGUGUUUGGCUUUCUCUAUGUACUUAGCUGGAUUGGAAUGCUAUGUAGAAUUAUAUGGAAGUUUGGGUUUGGCAAUUUAUUAAUGUCCUAUUUUGUAUUAGCAGCAGUUGAAAAUAAUAAAAUUUAUUGUGGAUUACAUUAGGUGAAAUUGCAACUUGAAUUUCAGUUCGUUCACUAAGGAGUUUGUUGUCUUCAGGUCUCUAUUAGGUAUCGUGUCAUAGCUACAGUAAGCUCCACUUUACAUGUGUUAGAUUGAGGAAAGGUGGAGUUUGUAUGAUUGUAUCAGAAAAUAUAAAUUUCUUUAUUUUUUAAAAAAUUGAGUCUUGCUCAUUUUUUAAAACAUUAGAUUCUGUAAAUUUUCUGCAAUAUGAAAAUAUCUCCUUACUUAAUGUAUUAUGAGUCUCUCAAGAGUUGAUCCUCAUUUCCAUUUCUAUACUUCGAUUUAUAAUUUAUAUUUUAUCAACAAGUUCUCUUCUGACAUGUUAUAGAGGAGUAAUGUUUUGAAAUGUCAAAGGAUGGUAGAAAACACUGGAAAUCAACAUCCACCAACUCUGCUUCUAAAGUAGUGCCAUCAUGCAUUCAUAAGUGUCAUAAAUUGUUGUUCACUUUUGGGCUGUGGUUGCUGUUGAGGUUGGCCAAUGGCCAGGCAUUUGAUGAUAUAUGAUAGGGUCAAUUUUAAUGAAUAUUGAAAAGAUUCUGUCCAUGGAAGGUUUGUUUUUUGGGUUGUUGGUUGCACGAACAGAGGAACAUAAUAUUGAGACAUGAAUAAGUUUUCUGAAUUAAGUGCACUUUACCACUUGGCUAGUUCUCUCAACUGGUCAUCCCUCAAGCUGUAGUGCUCAUUAUGUUUGGCAUGGGAGUAACCUUACCUGGUAUCUUGUUUCUUCAAGAUCAUUGAAGGAAAGUGAGACUAGAGAACACAUGAGAGAGGUCUGCUGGUUAGGUGCUUAUUACAUAGUACAGCAUGCAAUUCAUUCAGGGAGAAUGGAUCUUGCCUGACCUUAUACAAUAAGCACCUAGAAGAUUUAUGUGGUGGAUAUAAUUAUGGAUUAUGAAUACAACCUGCAUUUAGUCUGUUCUAUGUUAAGAGUAAAGAAAACAACAGUUGAGUUAACCAUUAGAAUUACAAUAAUUGAAUUUGAUUUUUAAUUUGAUCUAUUGUCCAUAAAACACUUGUGGUCAGACCAUCUUGAUGUUGAUCUUAUCCCUUGCGUGAAUGCAUUAUGUUUGUAAAAUGCAUCCGUUCUCCCCUGCACACAUGCGUUUUGACAUAUUUGUGAGAACAAUGGUUGUGGAUUUGAUGUGUGUGUUGUUUGUAGGUUGUGUGUUUGGAAGUUUUGUAAAAUUAAACUGUGCUGCUUCCUUAGAUUAACCCUUAAAUUUGCAUCAGGAAUUUAGGCAUUGUUGUUAAAGGCUUAGCUUCUCUUUCUUCAGGCAUAUUGGAAGCUCACCUAACACCUGGGUUCUAUAAUUAAUGCAUUCACACUGAGAGCAGUCGGCUGAUUUCAAGAUGAGCAAUUCUCACUCCGAAAAUCAUGAUGAAGCAACUGUUGUGGGAUUUGAAGUUCCGAAGUCUCCUGAUUCCAGUUACAAUAAUGUCUACCCGGGAAAUGAAGAUGAGGCACGGGAUCCUCCUAUGGUACCUUCACAUUUGCAACACACUUUGCUCAAUUAUCCUGCUAGUAGAGACACAGCAGGAACUCUUCCAUUGCCUCAGAACGUGAUUCUAAAUCAUCUUUAUAUCGAGAAUAGAGAGUCUCCAAGAUCUGUGGUGGCUUUGGGAUUCACACAUCGAUUCCGUUCUAAAUAUGUUACAGUUGUGCUUUACAAACCAGUCCAAAGAAGGGGAAAUACAAGCAUUUAAUGUGCAUAUUAAAAACCCAGAUCACCUUUGGUUUGUAAUGAUUUAUUGUAGACUUGAUAUUCAAUUCCAGGAAAUGAUAUUUAAUGAACUUUAGAUUGUAUCAUGGAAACUU